AUGCCGCAGCUGCCGGGGGCCGGGGGCGGUGGGGGGGACCCGGAGCUCUGCGCCACCGACGAGAUGAUCCCCUUCAAGGACGAGGGGGACCCCCAGAAAGAGAAGAUCUUCGCCGAGAUCAGCCACCCCGAGGAGGAGGGCGACCUGGCCGACAUCAAGUCCUCCCUCGUCAACGAGUCCGAGAUCGCCCCCGGCGCCAACGGGCACGAGGUUUCCAGGCAGACUCAAGCGCAGGAUUCCUACCAUGAUAAAGGCAGAGAGCACUCCGAGGAAGGAAAGCAUCCAGACAGUGGCUUAUACAGCAAGGGACCAUCAUACUCUGGUUAUUCUGGGUAUAUCAUGAUGCCAAAUAUGAAUAACGACCCGUACAUGCCUAAUGGAUCUCUGUCGCCACCCAUCCCCAGAACAUCAAACAAGGUGCCAGUGGUACAGCCUUCUCAUGCGGUUCACCCCCUCACCCCUCUUAUCACCUACAGUGAUGAGCACUUUUCCCCGGGGUCGCACCCGUCUCACAUCCCCUCUGACGUCAGCUCCAAACAAGGCAUGUCCAGGCAUCCUCCAGCUCCUGAUCUCCCUACCUUCUAUCCCUUGUCUCCAGGGGGGGUUGGACAGAUAACACCACCUCUUGGCUGGCAAGGUCAGCCUGUAUAUCCCAUCUCGAGUGGAUUCAGGCAGCCCUAUCCAUCCUCACUCUCAGUCGACCCUUCCAUGUCCAGGUUUUCACAUCACAUGAUUCCUGGUCCUCCAGGCCCUCACACAACUGGAAUCCCCCACCCAGCUAUUGUAACACCUCAAGUAAAACAAGAACAUCCGCACAACGACAGUGAGCUAAUGCAUGUGAAGCCUCAGCACGAACAGAGAAAAGAACAAGAGCCAAAAAGACCUCAUAUUAAGAAACCUCUGAAUGCUUUCAUGUUGUACAUGAAAGAAAUGAGAGCGAACGUUGUAGCAGAGUGUACUCUGAAAGAAAGCGCAGCUAUCAACCAGAUUCUUGGCAGAAGGUGGCAUGCUCUCUCCCGUGAAGAACAAGCGAAAUAUUAUGAACUAGCUCGUAAAGAAAGGCAGCUACACAUGCAGCUUUAUCCAGGCUGGUCUGCAAGAGACAACUAUGGGAAGAAAAAGAAGAGGAAGAGAGAAAAGUUGCAGGAAUCAGCAUCAGGUGGGAAAAGAAAUGCUUUCUCAACUUGCAAAGCAAAGGCGGCGACACCAGGACCCCUUCUGGAGAUGGAAGCUUGUUAAACCCUAGGUGUGUCCUUCAUCCACACAGACCACCCCCAAGGAGUCUGUCUAGGAUGUCAUUCACCCUGAUGUCACUGCUAGAGACACUGAAUCAUAAAGACAAUCACUGCCAAAAUCCUUCACUAUCACGAGGUCCAGCCCCGAUAUAAAUAGAACAAAUGAGCUCCUGGGUCAGCAGAGCAGCUUUUGUCUUCACUCCACCUCUGCCUUGCACUCUUAAGCCCCCGUCUCAUCUGUGUCCGUAUCGAGUCAGCAAACAAAGUAGCGUGGCUGUCUCUGCCUGCUUCAGCCAACAGAAUAACGUAGACCACAGCUGCCCCAUACAGCACAUCGAGGAAUGGAAUUUGCCUGGACCAGGAUGACACACUCAACCUUCUUUUUAUUUAAUGGUGCGACAGGAUCAAUUUUGGUUUUAGCUUUUUUAAGAAACUUGAAUGCUUUUAUAUUUUAACUUUUAGUUUGUAAUUUCUUUGGUGUAUAUUUUACUAGGUAUGAGCUUUUAAACAAGUGUCAGAAAUCUGAAAUACUUUUUAAAUAAAAGGGGUUUUUCUUUUUGUUUUUUUUCUGCCAGAGGAAAAACCUGUAUGGAAAAAAGGUGGCUUUUUUGUUAAACUAUUUGUAACAAAUAGUGGCCUCUCAGUCUAUAUAAUACAGUGUCCUGUAGAACUAAAUAAAUGUAACAACAGUCA